AUGCAUUCUCUUUCUAUAGUCUUAAAUAGGAGAGAGAGAGGUAGAGAUUGAAAAUAUGUUUUACAAUCGCCAAUCGCCACCCGUGGCGAUAGCAGGACCAGCUUUAAAAAAACAGUCCCAGUUAAAACAAUCGCCAAAAAUAUGUGAGCAUUAGCUAUUACUACCUGCGAGAAUGAAACUCAUAUUCUGGCAAAUUAAUCUCCGAAUCAUAGUGUGCUGCAUCAUCGGCUCUGUUACCAGGGCAAAAAACUUGUGUGCCACUUUUAAUGACGGGAAAAAAAUGCGGGUCACUUUUGUAACGAUCUUAGAAGGCCAAACGUUAAUGCAAGGCAUCCACUUCCUCAUUUUUUCAAGAUUUUUGUCGAAAAAGGAAGGUUGUUGAAGGGAUCACGUUUUAAUGAUUUCCAAGGGCGCAAAAACAAUAAUGACAUCUUUCAUAUCCUGCGAAAAUUUACCAGCAACACGCACCCGGCAUUGUACAUGGGGAGUAUUUGUCUUUAACAUUAGGAGAAUGGUCAGUAGGGCUUGAAUCCGUGGCUUUAUAAUGGCCAUAACUCUGUCUUGCCGCUAGCCCAUAGCCUGCUGAAUCUAUUGGUGCUGUUUGGUUAUCUUGUUUUUCUUUUUCUUCUUUAAGAUGCGGUGUGAUUGGUAACCAUGAUAAUAUGAUCUGUGCAUAGCAGAGCAGGCCAUUGACAUGGCCAUGGACAGAUGAACGUCAGGAAUAGGCUCCUUCAGAGGACCAUGGUGGAAUGUCUAUGGCAGGCACCUGUUUUGUCAGUUCUUCCCUCAUCAGCUGUUUUGUGGGAUUCAUUGGUUCAAUUCUCUGUAAGGGUAUUUUCAGGUUUUGCAGCAAACAGACUUGGAGAUAGAGAGGCCCAUGUGAGACAAGACACAAAGGAUAGGGGCAAUUGUUCUGUUUCUUCAAAUAAAUUUUUUGAGAAUUCUCAUUGCUCUCGUGAAACUCUCUUGGAUGUUAAAUAUGAUAGACUGAAUCUAAAGGACCUGUCUCAAGAUUUCCUUGCUCAAAUAGACAGCCUUCGCACAGUAUUUAAGGAUGAUGACAUUCCUGUUCCCAUCUUGGAGGCAAUUGCUCAAAGAAAAGGUAAUUCUUUCACAGCAGAUUUAGUUGUACACAUUCUAAGAUCGGUUGGCAAUGAUUGGGAGUCAGCUCAUAGGGUUUUUCAAUGGAUUGGGCAGCAGCAUCGGUAUAGACACUCUCUAGAAAGCUUGGAUUUGAUGAUUCAUAUUUUGGGCAAAGCACAUCAAUAUCAGGCCAUGUGGGAGUUGUUUGAAGAUAUAAAAAAUGAGGCCUUUUGGAGCAGACUUAAAACCUUGGAACUCAUCAUUCAGAGCCAUAUGAAAGCUGGAAGGUUGAAAGAUUUAGUGGAUGCUUUUGAGAGGAUGAAAGACUUUGACCAACGAAGUGGUACAGCAGCUUUCAACACCCUUGUUCGAAUUCUCUGCUAUGAAAAGCGUGUUGAGGAUUGCCAAUUAAUAUUUGAGAGAUUGAAAAAUACAUAUUCACCCAAUGAGAAAACUUUUAGUAUUCUCAUCCAUGGAUGGUGUGAGGUAAAUAGGCCAGCAGAUGCAUUCAGAAUACUGGAACAGAUGAACCAGGAAGGUGUUCAGCCAACAUUGGGGGCAUACACAUCCCUUAUUGAGUCACUUUGUGCAAAAGGCAGGAAGGACAUGGCAAAAAUGUUAUUUAAUCAGAUAAAAAGUAGCAUUCUUAGUAAUAUUAAAGAAUCAAAAGAUGUAAAUAAAACAUCAGGGAACAUUUCUACAUUGAAUGAACUAACCCCAGCUCUUGAUUUUGCGGCAUACAAUUGCUUGAUUACUUGCCUCUGUAUGCUAGGUGAAGUAGACGAUGCAUGUGAGGUCUUGGAGAGAAUGGUUAGACAGGGUUUCACUCCAUAUGCAAAGACAUACAGCUGUGUUUUUGAACAGCUUUGCAAAAAAAGAAAGUCUAAAGAAGCCUUUGAACUGUAUAAUAGGGUUUCUGGAACUGUCUUUUUCCCGAGCCUUAAGGUUCAUGACAGUUUGCUUGACAUGUUUUUAUCUACUGGGAAUGUGGAUAUGGCAUUUCAUAUUUGGAAUGAUAUGCAAGAAAAGGGUUAUAAUUGUGGACGUCAGAGUUACAGUGUGCUAAUAGAUGGUCUUUGUUAUAAUGGUCUACUUAUAGAAGCUUUUGAGCAUUUUGUGAAAAUGCUAGAGAAGGGAAUUGUUCCACGCUAUCAAACCUAUAGGAUUUUACGUUCUGGUUUUCUAAAAAUUCGCAACAUGGAAAAGUUUAAUGAGCUCGAAGAGACAAUAAAGCAACUUGAUAAACUAGGUAUACAGCUAGUAAUUCACAGGAAACAAUGACACAAAGUGAUUAGAAGUUAAUAACAGUCAGGGAAAAUGGAUUCUGAUUUGAAUAAUAACUAAUCAGUUAUUAUCAUUAUCGCUGAGCUGUGGAAAGCAGCUAGCAAAUGUGGUCCUCUGCUUAGUCUUUUAAAAGUGCCGUUGGGACCUGCAUGACAGAAAGCUAAAUUGAAAGUAUCAAAGCAACACCACUUCUUGGGUUCCAUCACAAGACACGACAAAAGAUCCUAGACUCAAUUUUCAUCAAUACCUGUUGUGUACACGUGCUUCUCUGUGCCAUUGAGUCUUGCUGUGCCUUGGAGAAAAGUCAACAAUAUUCUUUGUGAUUCUGUAUUUUAAGAAACUGCUACAUUGAGGUUUUGUAGAUCAACAGAAGACCUUCUUGCUCUAUCUGAGAUGCAAGACUUGGAUGUUGAAGAGGCCCUGAGAGUGCUUGAGAAUAAUCACUAACAAUGAUUAGCAAAUGGAGACAUGCCUGGUUUUGAUUUCUGAGUGUAACAUGUACUGACACGCCUCUGAGGUAGCUUUCCUGCACACUAUCUGAAGUUAGAAAAACACAGAAUUAUAUUCAGAGCUACUAAAAGGAAGCAAUUCUAAGAAUCUGGCCUCUUCCUGUAACUGGGAGAUAUUUAUUAUUGUUCAUUGUUUUCAUAUUUUAAUGUACUAAGCGCUAAUCAAAAUCACUUAUUAUUUGUCCUGAUAAAAAUAUCCAGAUUUCCACUGCUCUUCCAGUAACGGAAGAUUAUUACAGCUUGACUAUAUGCUGAGCAGAUGUAUCAAUAAAGCUCUCCAUUCGUCAAA